AUGGCUCUUGAUAGCGUGUGGGAUGCACAGGCAGCAAUCACAGGGGAUGGGCCUGACAAGAGAGAGAGUGCCUCCCCACACACACAGGUCACCCAGACUGCCUCCGUGAAGGAGGGCCCAGCCAAGAGGGCAGUGCGGGUCCGCCAUUCGGAGUCGGAAGAACCUACCAAAUCGACCGCAGUCAAGAAGCCCAAGGCAGUCGUGACCAAAGCGGUGGUCGUGGACCUUGGCACUGGCUACUGUAAAUGUGGCUUUGCUGGGCUGCCAAAGCCCAGCCACAAGAUCUCAUCGACAGUGGGCAAGCCCUACAUGGAGACCGCCAAAACCGGGGACAACCGCAAAGAGACAUAUGUGGGUCAGGAGCUCAUCAAUCCACAGGUGCGUCUCAAGCUAACGAACCCUCUGCGACACGGCAUCAUCGUGGACUGGGAUUCGGUGCAGGAUAUCUGGGAAUAUCUCUUCCAUCAGGAGAUGAAGAUCGCCCCACAGGAGCAUGCGGUCUUGGUUUCGGACCCACCCCUCAGCCCACACACCAACAGAGAGAAGUACGCUGAAAUGCUGUUUGAAACCUUCAGCACGCCUGCAAUGCACAUUGCCUACCAGUCCCGCCUGUCCAUGUACUCCUACGGAAGGACGUCCGGCAUGGUCGUGGAGGUCGGCCACGGUGUGUCCUACGUAGUCCCCAUCUACGAGGGUUAUCCUCUGCCCAGCAUCACCGGACGGCUGGACUAUGCAGGCUCUGAUCUGACAGCCUACUUGAUGGGCCUGAUGAACAACGCAGGAAAACACUUCACCAAGGACCAGGUGGCCAUCGUGGAGGGCAUCAAGGAGAAAUGCUGCUACGUGGCCCUGGACCCCAUCGAAGAGAAGAAAGACCCGGCUACUGAGCGUGCACUCCAGUACACCCUGCCGGAUGGGCAGGAGAUAGACCUGUACCAGGAAAGGUUCCUCUGCUCAGAGAUGUUCUUCAAGCCUUCUCUGAUCAAGUCCAUGCAGCUGGGCCUCCACACCCAGACAGUGUCCUGCCUGAACAAGUGUGACAUCGCCCUCAAACGGGACCUCAUGGGGAACAUCCUGCUCUGCGGGGGCAGCACUAUGCUCCGCGGCUUCCCUAACCGUCUGCAGAAAGAGCUGAGUACCAUGUGUCCCAAUGACACCCCCCAGGUAAACGUGUUGCCCGGAAGAGACAAUGCAGUGUGGACAGGAGGCUCCAUCCUGGCAUCACUUCAGGGCUUCCAACCCCUGUGGGUCCUUCGCUCUGAGUACGAAGAACAUGGGCCUUUCUUCCUCUACAGAAGGUGCUUCUGA